AUGGCCUCAACAACAAUCUCCUCCACAAAACCAAGCCUAACAACCAACGACUCAGCCGUCCUACAAGCCCUCUUCGACGCUGAAUCCUCCCCCUCAAACGGCAUCACAAUCAAUCCAUCUCUACCCCCUUUCCCAACUCACCUAAACAUCGACUCCAAGCUCCAUGAAACCCUUAAAGCCCGCGAAGUAGCCAUCGUCCGCACCCUGGCAUCACCCAACCCGACCCCCGAGACCAUCCAAUCCGCCAUAAACCAGCUUUCUACCCUGAUAACAGAACACCCAACCUACCCGCCCGCCUACGUGAACAGAGCCCAAGCCCUCCGCAUGCUCAUCUCCACCGACCAAGCGGAAGAAACAGAAACAGAACUCUUCACCCCACAAAACGCUGAGACCGUAUCCUCUCUCCUUUCUGAUUUGGGCGAGGCGAUUGGUCUAGCGACGCCGCGGUCACCGGCGGAUCCUGUUUCGGAGGUCCAGACGCGUUUACUGGCUGAUGCGCAUACUCACCGCGGGUAUUUGUUGCUGAGGUUGGCGAAGGUGAAGAAGAGUGGUGAAGCGUUUGAGGGGCUGGGGAGAUGGAGCCAGCUGGAUGCGGACAGGCUGGAGGAGAUGGCGAGUCGGGACUUCUUCUUUGGGGGUCGAUUUGGGAAUAAAGUUGCCCAGCAGUUGGCUGUGCAAACGAAUCCUUAUGCGAAGAUGUGUGGGGCUAUUGUAAAGGAAGCAUUGAGGAAGGAGGUUGAGGGGUGA